AUGACGGGGCGCCCGGCGCUGCUUCUGAUGCUGCUGCUGCUGGCGGGGACCCCGCGCAGCUCCCGCUGCUGCCCCGGGACCCUCGACCCGGCCCCGGCCGCCGCCGCCCCCCCGGGGCCGCCCCCCGCCGCCGCCCUGGGCGCGCUGCUCCGGUCCCUGCAGCGCCCCGGCCGCGCCCCCGGGACCCUCCUCCAGCCCCAGAGGUCGGGGUGGGGGCCGCAGGGGGGGGCCCAGGCCCGGCUCAGCCCCCGGAGCUGGGACCCCCCGCUCGCCCCGUUCUGGACGAUGGCGACCCCGCAGCGCUUCGGCCGCCGCCGCUGA